UUUACUUUCAUUAUUUUUAAGAAGGAAAUGCGUGUCCAUUAGAGGCAGAGGGAAAAGAAACAGGAACUAAUUAAUGCCAGGGGAUUGGUGUGGGGGCGGGGAACAGAGGAAGCGUGUGUUCUACAGCAUGCCAUUUCCUUCCAAAACUUGAACAUUAUGGUGAAGAAAAGAUACUGCCAUGAACAGUGCAACUCUUUUUUUUGGAGUUUCUGUAAAUACCAGUAAAUCCUGCUGGUAGGAUAUAUGUGGAGGAUAUAUUUUGCCGUAAAGACUAUCAAGGAAAAUUAUUUUGCGAAUGGGAUGAAUACACAGCCAUUGAUUUACUUACUAACUCCAAUUCUUUGACUAACUGGCCAGCUGGAGCACUUAUCUAGUGAUGUUUCCAUUCUCACACUACCCCAUUUGAGUUUGCUUGUCUUGAUAAAAAAUUCAAAGUGGAGUACCAUAAACUUGAUAUGGAUAGUAAAAAGAAAGACAAGGACAAACCAGAUGAUAGAAUGGCACGGCCUAGUGGGCGUUCAGGUCACAAUCCACGUGGCGCUGGCUCUUCAAAUUCAGGAGUGUUAAUGGUUGGACCGAACUUCAGAGUUGGCAAAAAAAUUGGAUGUGGUAAUUUUGGAGAGCUACGAUUAGGAAAAAAUUUGUACACAAAUGAAUAUGUGGCAAUUAAGCUGGAGCCAAUGAAGUCUAGAGCACCACAGCUACACCUGGAAUACAGGUUCUACAAGCAGUUAGGAUCUGGAGAUGGUAUACCUCAGGUUUACUAUUUUGGCCCUUGUGGCAAAUACAAUGCCAUGGUGCUAGAACUACUGGGACCUAGUUUGGAAGAUUUAUUUGACCUGUGUGAUAGGACAUUUUCUCUUAAAACCGUUCUUAUGAUAGCCAUACAGUUGAUUUCUCGUAUGGAAUAUGUCCAUUCAAAGAACUUGAUAUACAGAGAUGUAAAACCCGAGAACUUCUUAAUAGGACGUCCUGGAAACAAAAACCAGCAAAUUAUUCAUAUUAUAGAUUUUGGUUUGGCAAAGGAAUAUAUAGAUCCAGAAACAAAGAAGCACAUACCAUAUCGAGAACACAAGAGCCUUACAGGAACAGCUAGAUACAUGAGUAUAAAUACACAUUUAGGAAAAGAGCAAAGUAGAAGAGAUGAUUUGGAAGCUUUGGGUCAUAUGUUUAUGUAUUUUCUCAGAGGAAGCCUCCCAUGGCAAGGUUUAAAGGCUGACACCCUAAAAGAACGCUAUCAGAAAAUUGGAGAUACAAAACGAGCAACACCUAUAGAAGUAUUGUGUGAGAACUUUCCAGAGGAAAUGGCUACAUACCUACGUUAUGUAAGAAGGCUAGAUUUUUUUGAAAAACCGGACUAUGACUACUUAAGAAAGCUCUUUACAGACUUAUUUGAUCGGAAGGGCUAUAUGUUUGAUUAUGAAUAUGACUGGAUUGGCAAACAGCUGCCUACUCCAGUGGGUUCAAUUCAUUCAGACCCUGCGUUAUCAUCAAACAGAGAAGCACAUCAGCAUAGAGAUAAGAUCCAGCAAUCUAAAAAUCAGACAACAGACCACAGGGCAGCGUGGGACUCCCAGCAGGCCAACCCCCAUCACUUGAGAGCUCACCUAGCAGCUGACAGACAUGGUGGCUCGGUACAGGUGGUGAGCUCAACAAAUGGAGAAUUGAACACAGAUGACCCAACUGCAGGUCGUUCAAAUGCUCCUAUCACCGCCCCCACAGAAGUAGAAGUAAUGGAUGAUACAAACUGCCAGAAAGUGUUGAACAUGUGGUGCUGCUGUUUUUUCAAGAGAAGGAAAAGGAAAACUAUUCAACGCCACAAAUGACUCUGGAAGCAGGCAGAACAUGGGGAAUUACUUGCUUGUUCAUCUGCUGUCUUGUGAUUAAACAGAAUCACCUCUGUAGUGACCACAUGUUUUUCAAGGACUCCCUCUUAAAAAUGUCAUGCCUCCAGGCUUUGGUUUUGUUGUCCCACAUUCAUAUUUUCUUUAAUUCAUCUCUUCUGGAAGCUUUAAAGUUUUGUCAAACACGAGUGCUUCUUUGACCAUCAAUAAAUGGACCAAUGAAAUGGUACAAAUGAACACUGCUCUAUUUUCAGCAAAACUAAACUUCAAAAGCAUUUUUCCUGUCCUAGAAAGCAUUAGCAGUCUCUUAAGUGAAGACCAGAUGUCUCUUAAAUCUGGUAUUUAAUGAAUUCUGUAACAGCAUGUUGAAAGAAUCUUUUAUUCAAGUGGAUGAUACAGAAGAAAAAUAUAAUUGCCCAAGCAUUUAAAAAUAAUAAAAAGUCUUACCUUAAGAUAUUUUAUUUUGUCUGUGACAUCUGCAUUGUUUUGUUUUGGGUUUUUUUAUUCAGUAUUACUGAUGGUACUGCAGUCACAAAUUGUAUUGUAUUAGUAUUAAAUCGUCUCCAUGAUAUCAUGGUACAUUUACUGCACAGAGAAAUGGAAGAAGCAGCUAGAUGGAUUCAACUGAUAACACUGGUCUAAAUGAUAUAAUAUCACCAGUAGACUCUGGGUCUGAAAAUUUGUUUUUGUUGUGCCUCUAAUGGAGUUGCAGUAUAGUAGAAAUGGCAACAGUGCUUGUACAAAAAUACAAAUGCUUGUAUGAUGUAAGUUGUGCUUCUGGUUUUAUUAGACAGUACCGUCUAAAGACAAAAGAUAUUGAGUUAUAAAAUACACUAAAAACUAAAUGUGAAUUUGGUUAAAGUGGGAUAGGAAUUAAAGUCUAGGGUUCCCAAUGAGUUUACUGCUGAAUGACAACAACAUCCUCUAAACUAAAAAUUUGGAUGUGCCAUGUAAUGAUGAAAGAUCUGAUUGUAAACUAUUUUACUCUUUGAUUUUAAAAUCAAACAAUGGAAGGGGGUCGACUUGUACUGUCUUCUCUGCAUACUAGCCUGUAGUGUGCAAAACUGCUGUGGUUUUAUGGAACUUUCUUACCUUUCAGUAUAAUAUUGCGACUGUUGUAAGAUGCUAUGGAAAGGAUGGGUCAGGUACUUCCCCUCCCUCCCCCUCCCCCACCACAAUCUUUUUGAAGUGCCUGCAAUCUGAACAAACCAGCUGUUCUGUAGAAAAGGCAGCCCAUUCCAUUUUUUUUUUCAAGUCAGCUUCAUUUAAAGCCAUAAUGACAGAGGUGUGCUUUUGUCAUGUAGCUGCCAGUAGCUUGGAGAGAUGGAAUAAAAGGAAGGAAAUGACAAGACAGAUUUGUUGACCAAACCUCAGAUUAAUUAUCAUAGUUUUUUAAAUCCUCCUAACUUGUAGUAAUUAAUUAAUUACAAGUAAUUAAACUUGUAGUAAUUUUUUUUCUAUCAACACACGCCUCUUGGCAAAGUUAUUUAUUUUUAAUCUGUUUUAUAGUAGCAUUCAAAAUGUGUAUUAAAAUAGAUAAAUGCACACCUUUGAAUUCAUUAUUGCAUUUACAGGGAUUUUAAUUGUAUUUUGUAAUUUAUUUUUUCUUAACAGGCAAAAGUGCAGUGUAUUGUUUUGAUGGAUUAUGUGCUCAUAUGAACACACACGUGUACUCUGUUCUUUGUUUUGUCACUGUUGCUGUUAAUGAUUUUGUUAAAUCUUUGUUUUUAAAACCUGAACUCGACUUACAAAAACACAUACUGUAAUUUGGUUAAGAGUUUCUACUCUACCUGUUUGUAUUAAUGACUGUCUUAAUCUCAGAGUUAUCUAUUUUUUUUAUUUUGAUUUGAGCUGAAAAGGUAGAAGGUUAACUUGACCAUUCUAAUGUGAAAUCCAUUCUUUGCAUUAUUUGACCAAAUUUGUUGCUCCAUAAUGUUUGUAUAUACGUGCAGUAUCUGUAUUUCUUAUGCACCUGUUUACCAUAAUUAUCAAGGGUUUUUGGCCUGUACGGUGUUUAUAUGAUCUGAACUCCUUACACAUAACAAGGUGUGUAUAUUAAUCCAAUUAUGGACUUAAAUAUUUUAAAAGUUAUAAAAUCUCUUUAUUUGCUGCAGAGACCAGUAUGUAGACAUUUGCUUUCUUGCAUUAUUUUUAAGUGCUCCAUUUUGAUGCUGAGGAGGAUUUUCUUCUGACAACAUAACUGGUCAAUAAAAAGUAAUGCAGGUAUGUUCAGGUUAAGCCAACAAUGAUUUACUUUUCCCUGUCUAAACUAAUGAAGUCAACAUUGCCUGAAUGUCAGAAUAAUGAAAUAGAUCCCUGUUUAAAAGUGUGUAACUGAAGAAGAAAAAAAUAAAGGUAGUUUUUUUAAUUUG